AUGCUGCCCAUCCCGGCACUCCGAGGCGAAAAUGGCCAGGAUCUACUUAAUGAUGACACAAGUUCCCACAAACACGGCCCUGAAAUACACGCGGAGUGGAAGAGUGAUGCUCUUCGGGCGUUCGAUCGUGCUUGGCAUCAUCCAGUAAAGAGAAAGCAACCUGGCUAUUUCCAGCCCGGCAGUCCUCCGUUUUUUAGUGGUGCACCAAGCAAGACUACUGUUUUUCAAAACAGACAGACCCUUGCCCCUGGCAACUAUGCUACUCCACACAGGACGGUAACACCGGAGCAGUCUCAUCAACAUUGGGAUAUGACAAGACAACGCUAUCAGCUUUCGCGUGAGAAGAUGUCCCGAUUCUACAGCCCGGACCGUUCGAAAGAAAAGCUUCUCGGCCCUGAGAACUACAAAGAUUGGGCGGACCAAAUGAAGAAGAAACUUGAGCAGUGUGGCGGGUUGUGGAUCACUGAUAUUGGUACAACAUUGCCGGUAUAUAGCAGCUUGAGCACACAACGCAUCCAGCCUAACCUGAAUCUUUGGAUGAUGGUUUUCAGCAACGUGUCACAGCCCAUACGACGAGAACUGUGUGUCCUAGGGGCAUUGAAUGCACAUGAGGCAUGGCAGUUUCUGAAGGAGACAUAUGGAAGAGAGGUUCCCAUGAAGAUGCGCUCAGUCCAAGGCCUACGUGAUAUCAUGGGUAUUAGGUAUGACAAGUGCGCGUCAAUGAAAGAAUACAUAGAGAAGAUGGUGUUGUGCAGCCGAGCGAUUCAAUGUAACCGCGGAGGGAAAGACAAUGGCCACGGAAAGAAUCGCAAUCACUUGAGAGGAAGGGAUGAAACUAACGAAUGGCUAUGGUGCCAAUUCAUCUUGGUGAAUCUUGGUCCAGAGUGGGAGUCUUGGUUGUCUGAGUUGGUGAAAAAAUUCGAAGAUAAAGAGAGAAUGAAUGCUGCCAUAUGCACUUUUGGAGGACUCUUUCCAAUCAUCGAAGCGGAACAGGCACGUCGUAUACAAUCGUCUCGUUACACGCCAAACCGCAGCGCAUGA